AUGAGUAACGUUUUCUUCGAUGUUUCCGCCAAUGGCUCUCCCCUUGGUCGCAUCAGCUUCAAGCUGUUCGAUCAGGAAGUCCCCAAAACCGCCCAGAACUUCCGCACCCUUUGCACUGGCGAGAAGGGCUUCGGAUACCAGGGAUCUGGAUUCCACCGUGUCAUCCCCCAGUUCAUGCUUCAGGGUGGUGACUUCACCAACCACAACGGUACUGGUGGCAAGUCCAUCUACGGAGAGAAGUUCGCCGAUGAGAACUUCACCCUGAAGCACACCAAGCCUGGUCUGCUCUCCAUGGCCAAUGCUGGUCCCAACACCAACGGAUCCCAGUUCUUCAUCACCACCGUUGUUACCUCUUGGCUCGAUGGCAAGCAUGUCGUCUUUGGCGAGGUUAUCGAUGGUCUCGAUGUCGUCCAGGCUAUUGAGAAGCUCGGUAGCAGCAGCGGAAAGCCGAGCGCCCAGGUCACCAUUGACAAGUCUGGAGUCCUGUAA